GAUUUGUCUUAAAAGGAAUUGAGACAUAUAUACACUAACCAGAACGAGGGGGGGAAUAAACUAUCCAACCGUGAACCAUGUCUGUCCGGGAGUCUUUCAAUCCAGAAAGCUAUGAACUUGAUAAGAGCUUCCGUCUGACUCGGUUUGCAGAGCUAAAAGGCACCGGCUGCAAAGUACCACAAGAUGUCUUGCAAAAACUGCUGGAAUCGUUGCAAGAUAAUCAUUUCCAGGAAGAUGAGCAGUUUCUUGGGGCUGUCAUGCCCAGGCUGGGUGAGCACUUAUCCUCAAAUGCACCACAUAUGUUGUAUUUUAGACCCUAAUUGUGCGAGUCUCUCAAUUCAAGUGCAGUGUCUGUGGACUUGCAAUAAACAUUUGGCAAAAAUUUAGAUUUGAAAGUUAGAUGAAUUAUUAAACAAAUGGGCAAUUAAUUGAUAAAUUAUUUAUGCUAUAAAUUGGUUAUACUAAUGCAUAAACACUUAUGAACUUAAAUAAAAAAUAUAUAGAAACUUAGAAUGUAAGGGCAGAUAAGAACUAUUCAGCCCAUCUAGUCUGCCCAAUUUUCUAAAUACUUAUAUCAGUCCCUGGCCUGAUCUUAUAGCUAGGGUAGCCUUAUGCCUAUCCCACGCAUGCUUAAACUCCCUCUCUGUGUUAAAGGACCACUAUAGUGCCCUGAGGGUGCCCCCACCCUCAGGGUCCCCCUCCCGCCCGGCUCUGGAAAGGGGUUAAAACUUACCUUUUUCCAGCGCUGGGCGGGGAGCCGCUAGAGGAAAUAGGGGAAGGCUUAACCCAUUCAUAAACAUAGCAGUUUCUCUGAAACUGCUAUGUUUAUGAAAAAUGGGUUAACCCUAGCUGGACCUGGCACCCAGACCACUUCAUUAAGCUGAAGUGGUCUGGGUGCCUAGAGUGGUCCUUUAACCUCUACCACUUCAGCUGGAAGGCUAUUUCAUGCAUCCAGUACCCUCUCAAUAAAGUAAUACUUCCUGAUAUUAUUUUUAAACCUUUGCCCCUCUAAUUUAAGACUAUGUCCUCUUGUUGUGAUAGUUUUUCUUCUUUUAAAUAUAUAGUCUCCUCCUUUACUGUGUUGUGAUUCCCUUUAUGUAUUUAAAUGUUUCUAUCAUAUCCCCCAUGUCUCGUCUUUCCUCCAAGCUAUACAUGUUAAGAUCCUUUAACCUUUCCUGGUAAGUUUUUUAUCCCGCAAUCCAUGGACCAGUUUAGUAGCCCUUCUCUGAACUCUCUCUAAAGUAUCAAUAUCCUUCUUGAAAUACAGUCUCCAAGUGAGGUCUCACCAGUGUUCUGUACAAUGGCAUGAGCACUUCCCUCUUUCUACUGCUAAUACCUCUCCCUAUACAACCAAGCACUCUGCUAGCAUUUCCUGCUGCUCUAUAUAUAGCUUAAAUUAGAAACCACCCUGUAAAUAAAUAAAUUAGGAAAUUUGCAGAUCUAUCAUCCAGGGCUUAAAACUUUGACAAAACCAAAUGUCAAAACAAAAAAGGCAAGAGAAACACACAAUUGUUGAGUAGAUUGGGAAUCCACUAAAUGAAAAUUAUAACCAUAAGAGAACUUUAUUUUUGUCUACAUACAGAGUUUGGUUUAAAAAUCUUGAAUAGAGAGCAACAUUUUUCCCAAACUUUAUUAUUCAUAUUUCAAUAUAUUUUGGAAAAAAGUAUCUCAAAUCUUAUUAAAUAGGAAUUAUUAACCCUAAAAUUAGGCUACUGUAUAUUCGUACUGUAAUAAGUAAAAAAAGGUUAAAAACAUCUGCACUAUCAAAUAAUUAUAAUUAAACCCUACCGCUGUAUGAAGCAAAAUAAAUUCCUUUUAUACUAUAAUAGGUUUUACUCUUUAAUAGGGUACCUCCCUUCCCCUAUUUUUUUUUUUUUUUUUCUUUCUUUAACCCUCCUCACUACCAAGCACCUUGUUUCAAAAUAUUAUCAUGGCAUUCAUUUCAAACAUGGUAUGCAUAGAUAACACAUAAAUGUACAAUAAAACAGCAAUUUUGUAUAGAUUGCUUUAACGCCAAACUUAAAAAUGAAAAUUUAUGUACAUUUGCACAAUUUAUAUUUUUAGUUUAUUCGGUUAACCAUUUAUAGAAAUUUGUUGUUUUUCUUGUGAAUGAAAAUCUUUAGCCAUUAUGCAGCAUCCCUUAUGUUGCUAGUGUUUCACACCGGGCCUGAAAUGUUGGUGUAGAAGUAAAAAUACAAAUAUUCUAUUGUAUAUGUGACAAAAAAAAUAAUAAAAAAAUAAUGCCCACGUGCAGUAAAACCCUUAAAUCAUAUAUUUCUAAAAAUAAACAUAUUUAAAAUGUGAUCUAACAAUCUUUUAUGAAUCUCUAAAAUCAUAAUGUAAAGCGAACAAUGAAUAUCCCUUGCCCUCCCUCACUGUAGGUAUGAUCCAUUGAAACUUCAUUUACCGUUUGUCCUGAAAAUGUUUGAAAAACACAGCCUGUCACUUCCAGUCAUUAAUGUGUGGAAUGGGCUGAAAGCAG